ACCAUCCGAAUGCGAAAGCGGGCAUCCGAAUAGGAAAAAGCUGGCAAACCAACGAAAUGUGAUGGGAUCAAAAGUGGCAACGGGAGCGGCUUGGCCAAUACCGCCCUGCUUCUGCUACAUGCGAUGUGGCUUUGUGUAGCUUUGUGUCUUGCAGAGGCGUCCCAAGCAAGCAUCCAUCAUUCAUCUCUCGCAUAAAAUCUAAUCCAACGCAUCAGCAACACAGCAAAUAAAUUAAUAAUCAAGAUGGCACCCCCAACCACACGAGGAAGGCACCUGCUAACGAGCGUCUACAACUCGCUCUCAACAAGCAACCUGCUCGGUAGCUCCUCUCAUCAUGUCUCCAAGCGCGAUGAUGACACCAUGAAGAAUGAUGACGAUACAUUUGCGGAUGACUGCAGCAUGGACGUUUCACCACCAGCAAGCGUCGAAUUCAGCAGCAACGUUGUUCCAUUGACCAUCUCCAAGGGCAGCAACCACGGAUCUGUCGUGGACGAAGACCUUGACGACGAUGAGGAUCACGAUGACAUGUCUGCCACCCAACGCGGAACCAACGCGAGACUCUCCUCCGAGAUUGACGAUGCCCAGCCUGCACUAAGAUCCAGCAUGUUGGGUCUCUUGGGGCGACUGUCUGUGCGCAACAUGAACGACGCAACAACAGCCCCCAUGGUCGAUCAGAGCGAACCCGUCCAACCCACCUGGCUCAAAUCGCAGCUAGUAGCAGCGAUGGACGAUACUCCUGACCACCACCGACGAAAGAGUGACAUGAUCGAUGGUUCUUGUCACAGCACUUCCUGGGCUCCCAGCAAUGUGAACCGACGAACGGGUUUUGGCGGAUGGGGUCGCAGCAACACCAUGAGUCCCAAGCGACCCUCCCGUGUCCGCAAGCUCCCACCUCGCAAUCCCACAUCGAGUACGGUGGCAUCUCAGCGCAGUGAACUUUCCUGGGAAGAGGAACGGGAGGAAUUGCAGGAAAAGGUCGAAGCUUUGGAAGCGAAGCUCAACUCCAAAAAGGCCGCCUUGCAGAGCCUCAUGAUUGAAAAGGCCAGCCGCGGUUCCGUUGUGGCAACUGCACCUGCUGUCGAAAGUCACGAUCAAAUGAUGAAGCAGCUGAUAGUCAAGGACGAAGAGAUUGCCAAGCUCGAAGAGACUGUCAAGGCACAAGCCAUUCGUAUUGAAGACAUGGAAGCAGAUCAAGACCAAAAGGCACAAUCACAAGCUCAACUCAUUCUCGACGAGUGGCAAGAAGACGAGGAAGACGAGUCCUUGCUGGAACAACUGCAAGAACAAAACCAUACCAUUGCGCGGUUGGAGGCUGAAAAGGAGUGCCAGCAACUGGAACAUCAACGACGCGAAAGAGAGUUGAUGGAUUUGGUGCGAAAGCUACAAGGAGAAAAGGCACAGUGGCAGGGGGAAGCAUCCGCAUAGAGAAUGUCAAAACGAAAAAGAUGCAACAUUCCAUUGAA